AUGAACGCCCCCUUCCAUGUUGCCACACCACCACCAACUCAAACAGCAGCGACGCCGGGACCGGGAGCUUCCGCAGCAAGCCGGGCGACGGAAGAAAAGGCGGGCAAGCCGAACCGCACCGUACGUGAAGCAAAGCAAAUGGCACUGGGAUUCCGCCGACCGUUCACAGCGCUCACCGUCCCCAAGGCUUCCUUCUUACUCCGCCGCACGCGCCACAAGAAGCUCUCCUACUCCCGCGUCCGCUCCGCCAGCCUCCUCGGCCGCUUCCACCCGGUCGUCUCGGGCCUGCACGACUCCGGCAAUGCACUCAUCGGCUGGACCGAGGAGCCGGCGCAAGCCACCCCGGCGUGGAUCGGUGACGGCGUGGGACGCCUGGGCCGGCUCCUGGCGGGAUUGACCGACCUGCUCCACCACCCGCAGGCGCAGGACCCGCUCCAGCGGCGGGGCAAGGCGGCGCCGUGGACCGAGCGACUGCUGGACGACCUCCUCCUCCUCGCCGACGCGCACGGUUGCUUCCGUGAGGCGCUCCUGGAGCUGAAGCAGCUCCUCGCCGAGGCGCACGCCGCGCUUCGCCGCCGUGACGUCACCCGCCUCGCCGCCGCGCUCCGUGCCAGGCGCCGCUCGGACCGCAACCUCUCCCGCCUCGCCUCCACGUUGCGCUACCUCUCUCACCGUUCGUCGUCCAUCGCAGCAACGUCCGACUCCGGCGAGGCGGCAUUAGCCGAGGCCGUCGCGGCCGCCACGCGCGCGGCGGCGACCGCAUCCGCCGCCAUCUUCGCCCGGCUCGCUUCCGCCUCGUCGGCCUCGCGCGAAAUGGCGUUCCCAAUGGCAGUCUCUCCGGCGAAGGUCACUGCCGUGCCGGUGUGGUGGGUGUCCGACCUCCUUCGGUGGCGACGGCGGACGGUGGCCGUCGCUGCCAGCGAAUCCGGACCCGGUGCGAAAGACGUGCCUUUGAAAGAGUGCUGCGACGAGGAGGAGGAGGAGAGGCAGGCAGUCAUGGAACGGCUGCGGAGGCUGGAGGAAAGCGUGGUGGCGGCGGAGAACGGCUGCGAGCAGGUGUACCGCGCGCUCGUGAACGCGAGGGUGUCGCUGCUCAACGUGCUGACGCCGUGCUUUUGA